GUCUUCGCAGCUCGACCAGAGCACCAGCUUCCCAGAGCGGCGGAGGAUCAGAGCCGCCAUCAGGAAGCUGACUCACUCGUCAGAGAAUUCCAACAGCUCUGCAGACGACAAAGGAAGAGGCCUUGGGGGUCAAGUGAGGAGCAUCGUCGCGCAUCUCAGUAGCCCUGACAACGUCAAAACAGUGUCAUUAUCAGACCACGCUCCCAGUAACUUUGGCAACGUCAAAAGUGCGUCAUCAUCAGGUCGCACCCCCUUGAACAACAAUGCUAUUAAUAGACUUAGGAAUAUCCGAGUAGUUGUCGGGAAAGGAAAUCGAGAAUACCACGAUGUAGAGGUAUCGUCUGACUCUCCAACGUCUGUUGUCUUUAGGCCAGUCAUUUCUACUCCCACUACCCCUACGUCCCCAGCUAAUGUUACGUCUGUGUACUGUGCCCCCGUUGUCCCAACACCUGUCGUAUUUCGUGCGUCGGUCGUCCAUACCUUCACACUAACAACGCCCAAACCGACGACAUUGACCAGAGCUUCCCACGUGGCAACUCUCACUACAAACACCCCUGAGGAGUCCUCUACCAUUACAUCCGGGAGUUCUGCAACGUUCUCUCCUACCACCACUAUGACGUCAGCCUUCACCAGAGUUGCGCCCCCUCUAACCGCGUCUAGCUCUUUCGACAUGACGUCACGGAGGGGAAGCAACUCCGACAUGACCUCACGAAGGGGAAGCAACUCCGAUAUGACACUUCGAAGGGGAAGCAACUCCUCCUCCUUGAACGGACCAGGCAACCUCAGAUUGAGCCAACGAUCUCCCAGGACGAUGCUGUCGGAGGGAAGACCUGCGGCGAGAAGUCCCUCCCCUUUUUCUACGCCGUCCACUUCAACUUCUGCACUAUCAAGUUCCCUUUCGCUACAAACCUCCCCCAGUCGCCCUUUUGAGACUCUGCCCAACAAGAUAGGACCGUCAAAAGUCAACAGCAUCAACAGAAACAACGCGACCUCUUCCUCUCCCUUACAUUUUUCCCCCUCUCUCAAUCACGGGGUUUCUUCUUCGCUUUCUAGAAACUCUGACGCGUCCUCCCCGACCAGGUCCAGCUACGUCCGUCCCUCGUCACCACUGACCACAGGACUCCGGCCACACCUCCAGGAGACGACUGGGCUCUUCAAAGCAGAACCAGUAAGCGUCUUCUCCGCCAGAUCCACCGGUCAACCUACGUCCGUCCUGAAUCCAGGUCGGGCUUCACCCUCGUCUUUUUCGUCAGCCUCCUCCUAUAUAAGACCCGAGACUUCUUCUCCUGUUCAAAGUGACUUUCACAUUAAACGACCAUCGAUCAGUAUUUCGACACCAGUCACACCAUCUUCUUCUUUUUCGUUUAGUAAAGUCGAACGGGAUUCAGCAUCAGAUGAACAUCAAACUGAAGAGUUUUUGGACGGAAUCAGAGCGAGGGUCGCGGAACGGAGGGGGAGUAACUCAGACUGGGCAACCGCGAGGAGGGGAAGCUACUCGGACUCAUCCACCAGAACCCCCGAUUUUUCUUCCGCCGGGGUCACCUCUCCGUUUUCAACAGCAUCACCAUCCGUAGAGACAACUGGUCAGUAUCGGAAUAACGAUAAACCGAGAGAGCAACGAACUCCUAUUGCGAGUCACUGGAGUUUGGACAUGACCAGAUCUCGGUCCCUGGACUCACCGGGAACUGACCGGACAGCGGUGACUUCCAUCACUCCCGACACAAACAGUCGGUCCAGGUUCGAGUAUACUUCACCUGUACGAGUUGGCGGUUUGAUUACACACACCGGAGAUGGUCAGGUUCCGACUUUGACCGCGUCACGCCUCGGUGGGUUUACGAAUCAGCCGUCAGCGCCACACAGCGGCGGGGGACAGGACAAGACCACGAGUGGGAUCUCAUUACAAGAAGAUCACAAAGCUACACACGACAGGAGCAGACAGGCAAGGGCUGAAUCAACACUUGCUGCGUCCUCCCGAGUCUACAGCGCCGGCGGUGACAGAAGUGAGGCCCUGAAUCUUAACCGCCGUGACCCAGUUUAUCAUUCGAAGUCUGCUUUUGCGUUUGGUAGUGAUGAUGAUAAUGAUUCUUCGUCGCGUCAUCGUUUAUCCUCGUCAGCCGUCUCCACUUCUUCGCCGCUGACAGCGAGCGAGGAUAAAAAGACACAAGCCAGCGGACGAGCAGGUUUGGACCCUCACAUCAGGUACAUCCAGCCCCUGGAUGACUCAGCACGUCUCACUCGGUGGAGACAGAAGUCUGUUCCCGUGACACGCGACAGUGUGGACAAGUCCCCCUCGCGACACGUCACCUUCCAGGUAACAGAUGAGUGUAAGACCACCCCAAACAACCACAAAUACAAACGAGGAGAAACAACUAACAGCGCAACUUUAGAGAAAACCUCUGACCAACAGAGAAACAAUUCGUACAGCAGCGAUGAAGAAAAUGACGUGUUUUCUCCACUGCUAACCGUUAAAAAAUCGUUGGGAAAUUCCCCUAAAGAUCUGAGACGGCAUUCGAGUUUCGACGUUUUUGAUAAGGAAAAAUGGAUCAAACCUCCUUCAUCGUCGCCUCAGUCGAAAUUGGAUUGUCCCGCCGGUACCAGUAACAGCAGCAGCAUCAGCAGCAGCAGUAGCACUACACAGAGGCGUUCCUCCAUGCCAGAUCCUUCCUCUGUGUCUGACUUCCACGCCAACCAUCAGCUCAAGCAGGCGCUCCAGAGCGCUUCAGACAUCCACGAGAAGUACACCACCGGCCUCUUCAGUCCCAUCGAAAGACACCCGAAGAUGUUACGUCACUCACACUAUCACCGGUUCCUGAGCGAUAACGUCACAAAGAGUCCAGGGUCCCCGAAAGAGGAGCCUCGCUCUCUCCAUGUUUUAACGUCGUCUGAUCAUGAGAAAUAUGGACCAAGAGAAGGUGGAGGAGGAGGAGGAGAAGGAGGAGGUCUCUCACUGUCCCGACGUGCGUCUUCUCCUUUCUCCUCUACGACCACAUCAGCAGCAACUCUCGCUGUACAGUCAUCACCAAAACACCAGAGUUCGUCUUUCCGUGAAGCAGAUCCCCCUAGAAACAACGGUAUGGCCCCAACAAGCGUCAGCUUCAGUACUCCCACUCACAGAAGAGGCUCGGAAUUAUUCCCGCAGCGGUCUAUAGGAUAUCGUCACUCUUUGGUGCCUUCUUCCUCCAUCGACAGGAGAGCAUCGUCUCCAUUGGUGACGGACCACAGAGGAGCUGAUGACGUCAGAACUAUGGCUGCCUCCACUUCCAUCGCUGUCGCAAGGGCGGGCUCUCCGGUGCUGUCGUCUGCUCAGAAAGGGGUGCAUACUCACGAGGGAAAGUCUUACAACUAUGUAGACUCGUGUGAGUCACAGGCGGAGCUCUCGCGCAUGCUUCAAGCCAGCGAAGACUUCCAAGAAAGGCGGCGAAUCCGCGCACGUAUGAGGGACCUCAAGCAGAGCAUGAAAAACUUGAGCACAGGAGCUCGCCGACCGUCCGAACCGGUCCUCUCUGUGUCGGCCAGUCCCCCAGCUGACCAGGGCUACACUCCACGACUUAUUGGCUCAUCUGUCUUCUCAGCACAACACAACUCUUCUACUGCUGGUGCUGGUGUUGGUGGUGCUGGCAGUGGUGGUGAUUACAGCGACAUCAACAGCCUCACACAGCUGCAGAAGCUGCUGAGUGAGACAGAGGAUGUAGUGGAACGUCACAAGAUCCGCACAGCCAUACGCAAACUGAGACAGGUCUCGGAGACAGAGCAACUGAAGCAGUCUAAGGGAGCCACGGACCUCAAAGACCGACAUUCUGUGGACAGCCCUUCUCUUCAGCUACAACCAAGACAGCAACAGCAACAACAACAGCCAGUGGGCGUCAGUCGAAGCAGCUCCACGGUCCAUGCAACAUCGGAUGUACCCACCAAUACCACCUCUCUGAGCUUCGGUUCUUCUGUUACUAACAACAACAUCGGUGACUAUAGUAGCAGUAAUAACAAAUACAACAACAAUAACGACAAUAGCAGUUAUAACGACAGCGAGAACAAAGACGGGGGUAGAACUCUCCCAAUCUCCAAACCACUUGAGAGUGAGCAGCGACGGAGGAAAUACAGCAGCGAAUUUCUGAAAAAUUACAAAAACAAACAGCGAGGUGGUGAACCCAGUCUGAACAAGGACCAAGUUGAGCCUUCUAGACCAUCUUCACAAAUCCUAUCUCCAGUUUCUUCAUUACCUACGACUGCAGAAGGUGUAAGGACAUCUCUUAACGUCUCCAGCCCUGGGUUGUAUAAAAGAAAUGAUUUAGAGAAUAACAACAACAACACCUCUGGUCAUAACGAAAGCAAUAGCGACAGUCGUUCCCUCAACAGCACAUCGUUUUCUCGAGGUUUAGUAGAAACAAAACCGAGCAGAGAAGUCAAGGAACCUCCAACUUUGGUCGUUGACAAGGAUGAUAUCAAAUCGCCUGAUAACGUCACGUCCGUUCUCGACCAGGUCAAAGCACAUCUCAACUCCAGACGUUUGGGGAGUUUCUCAGCCGACGACAAAACUUCUCCAGGUCUGACAGCAUUUGGUCACAGCCCAGCAGCCACCGGUGACUUCUCGGAUUCGUCAAGCUCGCAACGUCUCGCUCACGAAACGACUCAACCUCCCUCCUCAGCCGCAGAUAAAUCUGACAAGUCCUCGGUAUUCCGAUUCCCCGAACCCCUGUCGAGUAGUCGAACCGCGUCCGAAGAGCGUCAUGGCGGCGGGCGCCGAGACUCGGAGAGAGGAUCUGACCGUUACCGAGAAGCACGGAGGCAAAUCUUGAGCUCUGUGGAUCUCUCGUCCGAUCUGAGCCCUCGCUACGCCAAGGAGAAGUCAGUGAGUCCCGAACCCUCUCGCUCACCUGUGACCUUGGGUUCAACAGGUGUCAAGGUCGCUGAUGCCACUGUUGCAAACUCCUCUUCUAGUCCUGGGAAGUCCACAAAGAAUCGAAGCCAGGCUCCCGAAUCGAGAAUCCCAGUGUUGCAAAAUCGAAGAGGAUCGGUAAAGUCAGUAGAGGAUUCAGUGCCUAAGAACCGUUCACCUGGAAAAAACGUCUUUGGAGAGGAGCAAAAAUCUCCUGACCAUAGUCAGAAUCAAGUCAGCGGAGACACUGCCCUGGUUCAGAAAGAAGAUCUCGCAGAAUCUGAAAACAGAUCUCAGGACGGACGUCGAAACAGCACAGACGACGUGAGCGUUACACAAGUGAGCACCUCCCGUGACCAAAAGCCUAAGUCGGCUAAAACCUCCUCAUUUGAACUUUCCCAUUUCGAAAAACUCGAACGGGGUCUCAAACCACAGGUGUCCAAGUCUGCGGUGAGCGCUCUAACUGCCAAGUUCUCUCAGAUCAGUGAUGAGGUAACUAAGGAGGACGAUAAGAGUUCCAGUAACACUACCGGCGUGAGGCGAUCCCAGAGCUUGCACUCUAAAGUCAGGAACGCUCUACCUAGGGGGGAGAAAAGCUUAUCCUUUUGCGUGGUGGGUCGGGAGAAACGAGACAUCCCAACGGUCUCCAAAGAAGAAGAAAAAGAACUAUCUGAACAGAAGUCUGAUUCAAAGCAAGGAGCAAUAUUAUCUGAGCAUCGUCCGGUGAUAAGAACACCUAAAUUCUCUUCCAGAGACACUUUACUCUCUUCGAAUGCGAAAGAGAAAAGAACAGAAGCAGAACAGCCGAAACCAGAAGUGAGGGAAGAAACCUCAUUCUCAGCAAAACUUAAUCCCGAUGUUCAAGAGACGAGAAAAGACGUCGAUUCAAAAUCUGGAUUGACUGAGUCUCCUCCUCCUCCUUCUCCUAGAAACGAGUCCAGUGAGAAAUCUGGUUUGAGAAGGGGGAGAACUCUUGAGCGAAGCCGAACAGAUUCUGCCUUGCCAGAGAAAUACAGGCAGAAUGUGAAACCUUCUCCUCUCGUGAAGAUAGAUGAACACAAGAGUGACGUGUCCGAGACUGGACGCCAGGGGGUACGUCAGAGGCGAGUCGGUGUCACUGCUUUUGUAGCUCAGGGAGAUAAACAACAGCAUAAAGAAGACGCUGAAGAGGCUGUCAAAAUUGAAACGUUUUCAGAAAAGGAGGAUAGCGUAAACUCCGUAGAUCUACACGGCGAGCCGGAGAAAGUCGAGAACAACAUCUCAAAAGCCGGCAUAGUUUUAAAGACUGAAAUCGCUUCAGAAGCGGGGGAUAAGUUGGGAGAGGUGAGAUCUUUCAAGACGAUAUCUUUAGAAGAGAGGCAUAAACGCUUCUCUGUUCCCGUCCGACCAAUUUCGGCGGCGCUCAACCCUCCUUCCGUGCCUGACACGUCACCAAGCUCUCCUCAGCGCCGUCUGUCGGACAUAAACAGUCGCAAACCUCCUGCCACCAUGGAGGAAGCCUUCAGCAGUUUGCUGGACGACCUUGACACUAUUAGCGGGUCAGAAGGCAACCCCUCCGACCUUGACCUCAGCGACGGCGAGGAACUUUUGUCUCUUCAAGUAACCUCGACCGAUACCAAAGCCGACACGGCUGUCAACGAUAACGGUGAUGGUUACGGUGAGGGUGCCGAUGACGUUACUGUCAAAUCCGGUACACAGAAUGGCCACGUUGAUGUCCGUUUGGAUUCUUCCCUUCCGGAGAUGAAUGCUAACUGUGAGGCAACAGAUAGUGUUAAGGAGGAUGCUUCCUACCCUUCCAGGCUAAAGGUGAAGAUCACCACAGAUUCAAAAUCGGAUUAUCCUUCGAGCCCGGGCGUGGAUGUGACGUCAUCGACGUCAGCUGGGAUGACGCCAUCCCCGGAUGUGUGGACCAUAGAGGAUAGUGGGAUAGGCCUUGGAGUGGACGAUGCUCUCAUGUCUUCGUCCAACCGGGUGAGUCGAGUAGACACAGAGUAUGCAAAGCUCAAGCUGGGAGACCUCUCCAUGAUUGCGACGUUAGGAGUGGGUGGCUUCGGCAGAGUCGAGCUGGCUGUAAAAGAUUGA